AUGCCGAACGAAUUCAUUUUACAACAAACAUCACACCCAGAAAAGAAAUUCAACUCUAAAACAUUAGUUGGUAAUUGGUAUGAAGAAAGAUGCGAACCAAAAUCAAAAUAUUCAACCUUUUAUAAAGAAUAAAAAGUUGAGAAAAAUUAAUAUAAUGUUAGCAAACUUACAUAAGAAUCAUUUAUGAAGUGCUCAUAAAAUUGGUUAAACUUUCAAAACAAUUAGUCUAAUCAUUUCUAAACUACAAAUCAAUAAGAGUUCAAGAAUCCAAAAGAUUAAUUUCGAACUUCUGAACUCAAGAAAUUUAUCAUUAAAAAAGGAGUCUUUGAAAAGAAUCCCUAGUAAAUGUCAGACUACAGAAAUAAGUGGACUUCAGCACCUCAUUUUUUUGAUAGAACUUACCUUGGUCAAUAAAAAUGA